UAUUGUAUAACUUAGUAAACAACCUGACAAUAUAGGCUGACCUGUCGUGCCGCAGCACAAGAGCAGAUGUAGGAACCAUCUUCACCCAGAGUAAUUUUGUUACGCUGAAGUAUGUCACCGAUGAAUGGAGUCAGAGUGGAAAUGGUUUCAAGUUAAUUAUUACUGCCUUUAAGGACUCAGCUAUUGGAUGUCGAGAUUUCCGAUGUCUAAACAACUUCUGUAUAUCACAGGAGUUAAUGUGUGAUGGUGUGAACCACUGUGGUGACAACAGUGAUGAAACAAGCCAUGCUGAUUGUGUAGACAAAACUACAACUGGUCAAAUCAUGGGAUUAGGAGUGAGCAUUUUUGUUGCCAUCAUAGUUAGCAUAAUAAUCGUCUGUUUCAUCUGUGUAGUAGGCAUUGCAAUUUGCUUGUGUCGCCGACAAGGACAGCACCAACAAGGUGCUCUUCAGCAUCGCCAGCAUGCUCCACUUCAUCCACUUGGAAGUCAUCCUCAUUAUCCUAUGGGGAGAAGUUUCAGUCUGACACCAGUAGAUGGCUCUAUUGUCUCUCCCGUGCCUGCCCCUCAGCAGCCCAGACCCGCUACAGUACCCCGCCCGAGAGACUUGGAGAGAAACCACCACCAUACCCAGGAAACGUGUAUUCCCCUGCCACAGGGAUCAGCUAUGACGUGCCCCAUGAAAGCCUCUACUAUCCCACAAAGUGAGAACUGGCUUGUAUAGGAAAUGGGAACAACUGCAGCACCAUCAAGUUUAUCAGGAAUGGUUUGUGUAAGUGUAUUUUCAUUGUGUGAGAAAGAGGAAGUGAUAAUUGCAACGAUGAAGUUCAGCCAAAAAUGUUCAGUUGAUGUUUUAUAAGCCCACUAGAUUAUUAAAACAAACUAAGAAUUGAAGCAAGAACUACACCACCAUCUGUAUGUCUCAAUAACUGUCUGUCUUGUUUUCCAAAUAAUACAUAAACAUUAACCUGAUAUGAUUGUAUGUAAAAAGAAACUUGAGCCAGAUAAGAACAAUUACAAAACAAAGAACAUUCCUCUUAACAACAUUCACCAGCAACAUUAGGGUAAAAUUUGUUGUAUAUUCAUUAAAAUUAACUUUUACUUACUUUUCCAAAAUAUAUUUCAAUUUUUGUUUUUUAUUACUCUAAUGUGUAAUGAGUAAAUUUCCAAAUAACUUGUAUGUACCCACAAUGGGUUUGUGGUAAAAACAUCACAAGUUGUUUCAUGAAUUUGUUGUUUUAGUAAGAAAUGUUUCAAAGAUAUAUUUUUAAAAAGUCUUGACAUUUUGGAACUCUCUUUUAUAGGUUAUCUUAUGCAGAAGAAUGAUUCAAAUGUUAUUUCAUUAGCUUUUAUUUUUCUUCAAGCAGGUUUGUUGAGAAAAAUCAAAUCUCAGGUUUUUACCAAACAUUCUUUAAACUAUCAUAAGUUUAGGUACUCUCUAUCAUGGUGAUGAUUUUUCAAGAUUAUUUUCAGAAUUUACUCAUGUUCCACCUGACUUAAAGGAUGUUUUUAAUACUGGCUCAUGAAGAAAAGUAGUUUCACAUGAGUAGAAUUCAGUAAAGAGACAAAGUUGAAUAUGUCAGUAAAUGAUUAUUUGUUAGGAAGUCACUUCAAACAUAAUGAGAAAAAGUCAUAUUUUGCUGACCUGACCAUCUACAGAAGAUUGGAGGAAGUUGAGAAGAUAACAGAAUGAACUUUUCUGUGGAAUAAACUGGAUAAUUAACCUGUAGUUCUCUCUCUCUGUCUGCUAAGUUGUAGAAAUUGCAUUUUUUUUUUGUAUGACAGUUAAAAAUAGCAUUAAACUUACUUUUUAUCUAACUUAAGUAUAAACUUUGAUCCAGAAUUAGCCCAUCAUGUGGGAUAAAAACAUUGGUAUAAUCCUUUUAAGUUGUUUCUAAACAUAAUGUGUAAGAUGUAAAUUCUGACUUUGAUCCAAAGUUAUCCUAUCAUGUGGGAUAAAAACAUUGGUAUAAUCCUAUAAAUUGUUUCUAAACAUAAUGUGUGUAAGAUGUAAAUUCUGACUUUGAUCCAAAGUUAUCCUAUCAUGUGGGAUAAAAAUGUUGGUAUAAUCCUAUAAAUUGUUUCUAAACAUAAUGUGUGUAAGAUGUAAAUUCUGACUUUGAUCCAAAGUUAUCCUAUCAUGUGGGAUAAAAACAUUGGUAUAAUCCCUUUAUGUUGUUUCUACACAUAAUGUGUAAGAUGUAAAUGGUAAGGAAAACAAACAUUAGUGAAGAAUAGAAACUGCAAUUAUACUUCUUCAGGAAAAAAAUUAAUAGCAUGUGUUCUAUAAAGCCUGAUUUACUGUCGUUAAUCAGUCAUGAAUAAUGAAAUUUGGAGGAAGAAUUCAUCAUAGAAUUGACAUAUACCAUAAGUUCAUACUAUAUAAUACAUUGUCAAAUAUACAGAUGUUUAAGACUAGCAUUUAUAGUUUUGGAACACAAAAUAAAUGUUUUUUUUCAUGAAAAACUAAGAAAGAUAAAAACUGUUACAAUAUAUGAUUCACAAUCUAGAAUUAUCCAUAUAAUUGGAUAGUCAUAAAUAUAAUUUCUAGUAAGGAAGAAGUUCUGAAAUUCCUGUUUAAAAGUUUACACCAAUUUUUCUGGGUAUCAAAAUAACAUAAUAACAAACUUACUUGAAUAUAAAA